CAUUUUGGUGCUCAGGAAAGGUGACCCAACUGCUAGGAUGCUCCUUGUCACAAACACCAUGUCCAGCACACCACGUGGGCUGAAAGUUGCCAGGUGUCUGUGAGAUCCCUGCUGCUGGGUGCGACAGGUCCACUUUCAGCUCAGAACCCAAACGUUCUGCUUUCACUCCUGAGAUGCUGCUAGAAACCAUGGAGGCCAGGCUUCCCCAGCGUUUUCAGAGCAAGCCACAGUUGUAGGAAUGAGUGGGCAGCCACCUCUUGCCGAAAAAGCUUUCUCAGAGGGCUAUGCCCGCCUUCGUUACAAGGAUACGUCUUUGCUGAUCUGGCAGCAGCAGCAGCAGAAACUGGAGACUCUUCCACCAGGCACGUACUUAAGCCGGAGCCGCAGCAUGUGGUAUUCGCAGUACGGCAACCAGGCAAUUCUGGUGCGAGAUAAAAAUAAAGCUGAUCUCACCAGAGACACGGGACAGUCCAAGUUUUGUACUGUUAUGUAAUUCCAAGCCUAAAGCGAAGAAAGUCAAAGCAUUUCUCGGCAUCCUGGCUGCUGCUGCGGUUCUGUUUAUCUGCUUGGUACUUUGGGAUGAUAUUUGCACCAUUGCUUGGGAAGGGCUGCCGUUUCCGCAGAAC